AUGGAUUCGACAAAGGAUCCUUGCAAGAUACCGGCAGGGAAACCCCCCGGUGGCAAAUACAAUUUCAUUGAUCCUCCCAGUCUGGGACCGACCGUCAUCGCCGUCGGCACUACGCUGCUGGCCAUCUCAAUCGCCUUCACGGGUGGGCGGCUGUUUAUCAAUCGCAGCAAGUUGCACUCUGCCGACUACAUCACAUUGGUGGCGUGCCUGGUCAACAUUGCCUACACUGGCGUCAUCAUUGCGUGCAAGACACGACAGCACGAUUCCUUCCGCCACGCCUGGGAUGUUCCGGUGUGUUUUUACACCGGGCGCUUCCUCCAGCUCCCCUUCAUCCAGACGGUGCUGUUUUCGCCCGUCGUCUUCUUCUCAAAAGCGGCCAUCUUCUUGCUCUACCGACAGCUCUUUGCGACGGGUAGACGACUCAAACUAGCCAUCAACCUUGGCCGUGUCAUGACUUUGCUCGUGUACCUGUCCAACAUCCCACUGGCCGCCGUGUACGCGGCACCCGAUCCUAGCAAGCCAUGGUCCUCGCUCCUCGUCAAGCUGCAGGCCUAG